UGUGCUUUCAGUUAAAAGGUUUCUGUUGUUGUAGCUUAUGCAGUUGCUCUGUUGCUAUGGAAACGUGACAUCAAAAUGACGUUUCCCAUUUAAAAGCUUUUAACUAAAUUCCUGCCUGUCAGAUGUAGGCCCCAUUUUGAGUGUGGAGCUGCCUUCGAGCAAGCUGCCUCCCGCCCAUGGUGCUGGGGCUGGGCUUGGGCCUCCCUGAGUGUGAUCUUUAACCCUGCAGGCGCCUCCAGCAUGGCAGCGGCCGAGUCGCCCGGCUACCUAGUGUCUCCUCAGACGGAGAAGCACCGGCGGGCCCGCAACUGGACCGAUGCCGAGAUGCGUGGCCUCAUGCUGGUCUGGGAGGAGUUCUUCGAUGAGCUCAAGCAGACCAAGCGCAAUGCCAAGGUGUACGAGAAGAUGGCCAGCAAGCUCUUCGAGAUGACCGGCGAGCGCAGGCUGGGCGAGGAGAUCAAGAUCAAGAUCACCAACAUGACCUUCCAGUACAGGAAAUUAAAAUGCAUGACAGAUAGCGAGUCCGUCCCGCCUGACUGGCCCUAUUACCUAGCCAUUGAUAGGAUUCUGGCCAAGGUCCCUGAGUCCUGUGAUGGCAAACUGCCGGACGGCCAGCAGCCGGGGCCCUCCACGUCCCAGACCGAGGCGUCCCUGUCGCCGCCCGCUAAGUCCACCCCUCUGUACUUCCCGUAUAACCAGUGCUCCUUCGAAGGCCGCUUUGAGGACGAUCGCUCCGACAGCUCCUCCAGCUUACUGUCCCUUAAGUUCAGGUCGGAGGAGCGGCCAGUGAAGAAGCGCAAGGUGCAGGGCUGCCACCUGCAGAAGAAGAAGCUCCGGCUGCUGGAGGCCAUGCUGGAGGAGCAGCGCCGGCUGAGCCGCGCCGUGGAGGAGACCUGCCGCGAAGCGCGCCGCGUGCUGGACCAGCAGCACCUCUUGCAGGUGCAGAGCCUGCAGCUGCAAGAGCGCAUGAUGAGCCUGCUGGAGAAGAUCAUCGCCAAGUCCAACGUCUAGGCCGUGGGGGCGGGGGCGCCGGGCCCGCGGCUGGGGGCGCUGCUCAGGUCCCGCGGGCCCGCCGGCUGCAGCGGCCCUGCCCUGGCGGGGCCUGGAGAGAGGGGACAGCCUUUCACCUAGCCUCCAGCAGGCUGCUCUGAUCAAGACGUCCCCUCUCUGACGGACUUUUCGAGGGGCAGCCAGGCCCUCCGGACUGUGAGACCCUAGUCUCUCGCAUGGACACCCUUCCUGGGACACUGGCGGGGGCACUCCCGGGGUACACCUAGGAAGAACAUUCUAGAGCCGCUCUCCAGUGUAGUCAUGAUUAAUGAUACUUGAGAUUUUUUUUUAUAUUAAAUGUGUACUUUUUUCAUCCUU